CCAAUCUCUGUCGACCCUUUGUUGCCGCUCGACCCAGUCGGCUUGCCCUCUCGUCCCAUGGGUCCCGUCCUUUCGACCCAGUGCAAUCUCCAGCACGUCAUAUCCAACCGUCCUCCAUCCUUUGCUUACCUCAUCUUCGAGCCUCCAUCUUCUAUGCCCGCUUCUUCCUCGCACAAGGCCCACAACAAUGACUCGCCUUCUUAGCCUUC